AUGUCACAAGACAGACAUAUGGGCUCGAUGGCCGCAGCCCUCAGAUCGAGGCUGGAGGACCUCCCUCAAUUAAAUAUGGCAAACCUGAGCACACAUUGGAAAAGAACAUCUCUCGACUAUCCCAACUCAGCGUCUUCGUCGCGGUCCGCAUAUUCAUUCAGCUCAAGACUAUCAGAAGACACCGACGCUACAGACCUGACUGUUACACCAACCGCCCGUUCACGCGCAAGCACAUUCGACAACACAGAGAGCCUGCCUAUGCCGCUUGUACCUGCGAUACCCUGCAAACCUCCCUUGAGAGUGGUCCUGGGGACCGCGUCGGUGGGCUCCAACUUGUCACCACUGGCCAAAAUCACCACGGUCGAGGAUGCCACAAAGUUCGUCAACCUGUUCCGCUCAAGAGGCUACGCAGACAUCGACACCGCUCGAGCAUACCCUGUUGGUCGGGGUGGGACUUGCGAGAAGCUGUUGGGCGAAGAAGCACUCCGACUCUCGAAGUGGGCCAAUGUGUCGACCAAAGUGUCGAGUUUUAUGCCCGGGUCACACCGAGCCAAGAACAUUGCUUUGAGCAUUGACAGAUCUUUGGAGGCUCUCAACACCGACGCCGUAGACAUCAUGUAUCUACAUGCCCCCGACCGAGCAACUCCAUUCAAGGAGACCUGUGAGGCCAUGGACAAGGCUUACCAUGAAGGCAAAUUUGAACGCUUCGGUCUGUCGAAUUAUUCUGUUGAGGAAAUCGAGGAGAUUGUUCGCAUUUGCGAGGAGAACGGCUUCGUCAAGCCCUCGGUCUAUCAAGGACAGUACAACCCCAUCUGCCGAGGGGGCGAAGAGCGAUUGUUUGCUGUCCUGCGCGAACACAACAUUGCAUUUUACGCCUACAGCCCCUCAGCUUGUGGAUUUUUCUCCAACAAGGUUUCACGGGCCUCGACAAGGGAUAAGAACAGCCGGUGGAACAUCGCCUCGCCUCUGGGCGCCAAAUACGCUGGGGAUUACUUCCAGGAUCCCCUUUUCGCAGCGGCAGAAAUUGUCCGCCAACAAGCCAAAAAAUUCGGCAUCAGUGGCCACGCGGCCGCUCUCCGAUGGACGACGUGGCAUUCUCAGCUCGGCGCCGAGUACGGUGACGCCGUCAUUGUCGGCGCCUCCAAGCUUUCCCAACUGAAAGAAAACAUGGAUAUCCUCGAGCAAGGUCCUCUACCAGAGCCUCUCGUGGAGACCCUGAACAGUGUUUGGGAAGAUGUCCGCGCCCUCGAAAAGGGUCCUCGCUUUUCCUUUGUUUAA